AUGGGGAAUUGCUGCGCUGUACCAAAAACGUCCGACGAGGUAAAAAAGGGGAAGCACAAGCCGAACCCCUUUGCUAUUGAUUAUGGUGGUAAUCAAGCAGUGCCAAAUGGGGGAUUCAAAUCCUCUGUGUUAAGCAAUCCAACGGGCCAUAAUAUUGAGCAGUUCUAUGAGCUCGGACGUGAACUAGGUCGUGGUGAAUUCGGGGUUACAUAUUUAUGUACAGACAAAUCUAGUGGGGAAGUUUAUGCUUGUAAAUCGAUAUCCAAGAAGAAAUUGAGAACGAGAGUGGAUAUCGAGGAUGUAAGGAGAGAGGUCGAGAUCAUGAAAAAAUUGCCUAAGCAUCCCAAUAUAGUAAGUUUGAAGGAUACGUAUGAGGAUGAUAAUGCAGUCCACAUAGUGAUGGAGUUGUGUGAGGGCGGUGAAUUGUUUGAUAGGAUUGUUGCUAGAGGACAUUAUACUGAGAGAGCCGCAGCUGCUGUUACUCGUACGAUUGUUGAAGUUAUUCAGAUGUGUCAUAAGCAUGGGGUCAUGCAUCGUGAUCUUAAGCCUGAAAACUUUUUGUUUGCAAAUAGGAAGGAAACAUCUCCACUAAAGGCUAUUGAUUUUGGGCUAUCAGUUUUCUUCAAGCCUGGUGAGAAAUUUAAUGAGAUUGUGGGAAGUCCUUAUUAUAUGGCUCCUGAGGUGCUGAAGAGAGACUAUGGUCCAGAAGUUGAUGUUUGGAGUGCUGGUGUGAUUCUGUACAUCUUAUUGUGUGGUGUUCCACCGUUUUGGGCAGAAACUGAACAAGGAGUUGCCCGGGCAAUCAUUCGGUCUGUUGUGGAUUUUAAAAGGGACCCUUGGCCUAAGGUUUCUGAUAGAGCGAAGGACCUUGUGAAGAAGAUGCUCAACCCCGACCCCAAGCAGCGGCUUACGGCGCUGGAAGUUCUAGAUCAUCCUUGGUUACAAAAUGCGAAGAGUGCUCCAAAUGUUUCAUUGGGUGAAACCGUGAGAGCUAGGCUCAAACAAUUUUCAAUGAUGAACAAGCUGAAGAAACGAGCUCUUCGGGUGAUCGCCGAGCAUUUGUCAGUGGAGGAAGUGGCAGGCAUAAAGGAAGGAUUCAAAUUAAUGGAUACAGGUAAUAAGGGGAAGAUUGACAUUAAUGAGUUGAGAAUUGGGUUGCAGAAACUUGGUCAUCAGAUCCCGGAUGCAGAUCUUCAAGUUCUUAUGGAAGCUGGUGAUGUUAAUAAGGAUGGAUAUCUCGACUGCGGAGAGUUUGUUGCAAUUUCUGUACACUUACGGAAGAUGGGCAACGAUGACCAUCUACGUAAAGCUUUUGAAUUCUUUGAUAGAAACCAAAGUGGAUAUAUAGAGAUUGAGGAGCUAAGGGACACCUUUGCUGAUGAGGUUGAGAGCACCAGUGAAGAAGUUAUCAAUGCCAUUAUUCAAGAUGUAGACACAGACAAGGAUGGACGUAUAAGUUAUGACGAGUUUACUGCAAUGAUGAAAGCUGGUACAGACUGUAGAAAGGCAUCGAGACAAUAUUCAAGAGAACGUUAUAAUAAUCUCAGCUUGAAAUUGAUGAAAGACGGAUCAUUACAAUGA